AUAAUAACAAUAGUAGAUCAAUAAUAAACUUUAUAAGUUGUUAUAUUAUUUUGCAGCGAGAUACAUAAUGACAUAAAGUGAUAUGCUAUAAUAUAUUACCGUAUAUUUUUGCUGUAUGUGUGUGUGUUUAAAUAUUUAUAGUUGUGUGUGAAAUCAAUUCAUGUAGCUCUUACUCCAGUUUCUCCAAACUAUUAGUUUUAUGGUAAAAAUCCUACCUUAUGGACGUUACAUAAACGUCAACUUUACGUUGCCUGAUACGUCUGUAGCCUAUCAGGCUCUGUACCUACAGAUCCUGAUAGGCUCUACAAUUAUAUUUUGAACAUCCGCUUUUCUAACCUCUUCCAAUUCUCACGCUCUCUCUCACCGUGUGGACUGUGGACUGUGGAAUAAGUGUUUAUGCCGCUCGUGUGAUUUUGAAUUGAAGUAACUUACCGUGAAGAAGAUACGCGAAAUACGAACUUAGGAGUACAUUGUGCAAGAGUGCGUGUAUUUUAGAGAGAAAUUAUUUUAUAUUCGUUCUUUAUUGUUUUUGUUAAGUUUAUAAAUCAAAGAAAAUGGCCAUAGGUUCCAUACAGUCCCCAAAUAAGAAUAAACAAAAGACUCCGAAAAAUAAUAAGGGCAAUAGGCGUAGUGAAGUCAAAGUUGAAAGUGAAACUUUGGGAUUGGAUAAAAAGGCUUCCUCAAAGGAAGGCACUCAAAUCAACUUGAAAACAAGAAAGAGCCUCAAAAGGAAAAGCAAUGAAUUUCAAAUCAGCCUGACUAACACUGAGGAAAAGAAGAAAGCUAAAAUUGUAACCAAAAGUGAGCAUGUGGAAAAUGAUACCAAACCUUCCACAACCAACGGCACACCAAUUGAUAAGAAAGACAAGAAUCAAAACAAAUCUGAAUCUCAUGUGGAUGGUAAUAUGGAUACAGAGGUGACACCUGAAAAAAAGAUUAAAGUUGAUCCUAGUGUAGAUUCUGCAAAGAAUAAAAAAACAACACAACUUCCAGAUUACAUAGCACUUGAGACAAAACCGAAUAAAGUUUCUACAGAGGUCAAAAAAUCCAAGAAAAAAAAUAAGAAACCACAAAUGAAACCACAGCCUAAAUUUAAUGAUGCUGAAGUAAAUCUUCGUGGUAUUAAUUAUUUGACAAAAUGGAGGGAUGACAGAAAAAACUGGAAGUUUGACAAAAACAUGCAGAAACGUUUGAUAACAAUAAUGUUUGAUGAAACUAAGCUACCAGAGGAAUCUUUUCAGACCUUCUUAGAGUACAUGGCAGGAGGAAGUGAAAGUAUUAAGAAAGUUGUAUUAAGUAAGGCAAACAACAUCAUUUCUGAAAUGGAAAAGUGGAAUAAUCUGAGUGAGAAAGCAAAAGAAACAGCAACGAAGGUGGAAGAGUCACAAUACGACAGAGCAAGAAAUUUAGUGCAAUAUUUACAAUAAAGUUGUAAAAGUAAAA